CACAAUCUUCGGAUCCACAGCUAAUGUUUGACCAUAAGGAUUUACUCUGACCAUUGAUGCACAGAACCAACAUUGAACUUCAUUCCUCGGACUCCCUGUGAAUGUAAGCGCUGCAGGAGUGUCACCAGAAGCACCAUGUUCAGCCGCUUCACCGCUGCGCUGGUCCUGUGGCUCCUGACCAUCUACUUGGAGGCCAUUCAUGGAGUGGAGUACAUGGGGUGCUAUGUGGACACCCUGGAGGACCGCGUGUUCCCGUGGGAAGUCAUCACGACUGACGACAACAGCAUCAAGUCCUGCGGGCUGCACUGCAAGGGAAACGGGUUCAUCUACUUCGGAGUGCAAGUUGGAACUCAGUGCUUUUGUGGGACUGACCUCGACUUCGCCAACAGAGGAACAGCCAGGCCCGAUUCUGAAUGUAACAGGGCAUGUUCCGGGAACUCGGCAGAAAUAUGCGGCGGUUCUUACCGCAUUUCUGUAUACAGGGCCGGAAGAAUAGCUACCAUUACAGCAUCAUCGGAGCACGGGUCCGGGGACCAUUCACCUACCUACGCCCGUCUGAACUUCAACCAGGAAGUUACCGGUACGGUUACCGGAGCGUGGUCAGCUGGCGAAAAUAACGCCGAUCAGUGGCUGAUGUUUGACCUUGGCCAAAGGUCAUCCGUCGGCGUCCUCAGGACCCAGGGACGGGAAUCAACUCAGUAUUACAGCUGGGUGACGUCAUAUAGUAUUUCGUACGGAAACUCCAGCGGAGACGAAAUGUGGUAUAAAGAUGCGAACGGAGACACGAUAGUGUUCACUGGUAACAGUAACAGCAGCAGCUUGGUGACGCACGUGUUGACGGACUACAGCGGACCUUUCCACGCCCGUUACGUCAAGUUUCACGUCGUCACAUGGAAUAGGUGGGUCGCCAUGAGGGCAGACGUCGGAGAAGUUGCUCCCGUUGGCUUCUGGCCGCUGAACAGGCACACCCAGCUGCGUGACGUCAGCGGAUACGGAAAUGACGCAACCGGUGUGGGCGUGUCCCUUGAUAAUGGUGUACACGGUGAGAGCGAAGGGGCGUACAACUUUUCCGGGAGCAGCACCUCCUACAUCGAGAUCCCCAACAACGGGGCACUGGACACCCGCUAUUCGGUGACAAUCCUGGCCUAUGUGUACCCCACAGGGACAGAUGGGCCCAUUGUUAACUACAGAAUCAACAACUACGGCGUUCAUCUUUGGCAACAAGAAACAAACAAAUUAUAUGCAAGAAUGGCGAACCGUGACCACUUUUAUACGAAUUACACAGAAGUGGCGACACUGAAUCUAAACCAGUGGAACUUCGUCGGCUUGACCUACAGCUACCCUACUGGGAAGCUCAAAGGGUGGCAUGACGGGAUAGAAGUAGGAAGUGUUGAAGUCGGCGCGAUUGAGACAGAGACUCAGUACGACAUCCGGGUGGGGUACAGAGACGGGGAUGCCCGGGCUUUUGAGGGACGAAUCGCCUGUAUACAGAUUUACAACAUCCCUUUAAACGGUGAUCAGAUCAGGGAUGCAGCAAGAAAAUGUACAGCAGCAGCACAGCCGGUCGGUUUGUGGCGUCUCACCAAGCAGUACAGUCUGACGGACACGACCGGAAACGGAAAUGACGCCACCGGUGAGGGCGUGGCUCUUGGUACCGGUGUGUACGGUGAGCCCGAAGGUUCCUACGUCUUGUCCGGCAACAGUAACUCCUACAUAGAGAUCCCAAACGACAGGACACUGGACACCCGCUACUCUCUCACCAUCCUGGCCUCCGUGUACCCGACUGGACAGUCUGGGCCCUUACUACAUUACGGAGACAGCGCGAGCGGAGUCCACAUGUGGCAAGAUUCCACGUACUUCUUAAACGCCAGCCUUUUUAGCAGAAAUGCAACCACCAGUCAGACCUCGCAGACGCGGUGCCUCAAACCUAACCAGUGGAACUCCGUUGGUCUGACGUACGACUACAACUCAGGCAUCCUGAAGCUUUGGUACGAAGGUCUGGAGAUCAGCAGUACCGACAUCGGCGUGUACCAGCUCGGGACCAACCACGCUGUCCGCAUCGGUGCCGUGGGGGCCGAUUCCUACAGUGGAAGCGUCUCCUGUGUACAGAUUUAUAACGUUGCCUUGAACCAGAGCCAGAUAGAACACGCAGCAACACUGUGUACAGGAAAAAGCAUCGCUUUGGGAAAGCCGGCGACACAGAGUAGUGAUUAUGUUGACUACACCCUCGCAUCGAAUGCCGUGGAUGGAUACAAAGGACCAGUUCACCCUACGAUUACGCAUACACAGAUCGAAUUUGAGCCGUGGUGGAAGUUGGAUUUGGGCGGAAUUUACAUCAUCGAAAGAGUACGUCUGCUGAACAGGAGGGACUCAGUUGGGAAUCGCCUUGAAGAGUUCCAAGUUCGAGUUGGAGAGGAUUCGGACAUUUCAAAGAACUCCAUCUGCGGGAGAACGACCAAUCAGCUAGACCAUCCACCCGAGGAUCGGAGUAUCACCGUCGACUGUGAUCAGCCAAUCAUCGGCCGUUACGUGUCAGUGCAGCUGAUCGGCCGGACAAACAUUCUCACGCUGAGUGAAGUAGAAGUGUUCGUCGCUCAAGGAAAAGACGCAGGGUGGUUAACGUUGGACUUCAGCUCAGUGAUCAGCUCAGCGGGGACCCCCCACGAUGACGGCGGUACUGUUUAUGACGCCUAUAAGACACGAGACGGGAACCUCUUCACCUACUGGCGCCCAACAGGUGUGACUGACAACCAUUACUUCAUUACUUUUGAUUUGCAAGAAUACUAUUGGUUGUCCAAGAUCCGCGUGAUUGGCUACGAGGAAGAUGACGCAGCCACUCAUCACAUUGCCGCCUUCACCAUCAAGACAGCGCUGAACACAACAGGGAGUUGGACUGACGUCACUUCCUUUUCCGGUUUGGCGGGGAGGCAGGUGAAGGCGUUUACAGGGUUUGUGGCAAGGAGUCGCUACUGGCGAGUGGACAUCACGCAAACGUCACACGGCCUGGAGCCUUACGUGGCCGAGAUCCAACUGUACGGGUAUUUAGUUUCAUCGAAAUGCAGCGCAGCCUCCCAGGAAGAAUUAACCUACCACUGCAAUGGCGACAAGCCGUCCUACGUUACCAUGGCUACCAGCGGCACGAUAACCAGUGGGGAUGAUGGGUGGGGGAACUACAGCAGCGACAGUCUGUGCAGCUGGACCAUCGAAGCACCGUCUGGAAAAAACGUGUCACUGACCUUCCUGACAUUUGACCUGGCCGAUGAUGGCGACUGCCUAUCGGAUUACGUCGCGGUGUAUGACGGGAGCAGCCAAAGCUCUGCUGUGCUAGGCAGGUUUUGUGAGAGUAACCCUGGCGUUGUGAACAGUACGGGCAACUUGAUGCACGUUACCUUUGUCACCAACUCGGUUCUUCAGGCGUCAGGGUUUCGGGCAAGUUUCAAGAGGCUUACAGAACCUACAGACGAGUGUGCCACAGGAAACGGAGGAUGUGCACAGAACUGCACCGAUACUGUCGACAGUUUUUUCUGCUCCUGUUUAAUAGCUGGUUACAAAUUGAACGAUGACUGCCUAUCCUGUGACGAUAUAGACGAGUGUGCCACAGGAAACGGCGGAUGUGCACAGAACUGCACUAAUACUGUUGGCAGCUUCUCCUGUUCCUGUCAAACGGGCUACAUAUUGAACGAUGACGGUGUUUCCUGUAACGACACAGACGAGUGCGCCUCAAACAACGGUGGAUGUUCCGUGAAUUGCAACAACACCAUCGGCAGUUUCGAGUGCUACUGUGGAGAUGGCUAUGUCCUAGAUGGAGAUGGGGUGUCAUGCAACGACAUUGACGAGUGUGCGAACUCUAAUGGAGGCUGUGAGCACGUCUGUACCAACACUGAGGGCAGCUUCCAGUGUUCCUGUCACCUCGGACAAACACUCAACGGAGAUGGCCUAAAUUGCGACGGUUGGGAUCUCCCGGAGAGUUGUCCAACGGUUGGUAACCUCAGUUUGCCCAACAACAAAACGUACGUGGCACAAUCCGAUGUUAACGAGUUGGUCAACUACACCACGGCCCAGGGGAGGUGUGCCGCCGAGGGAAGAAUGAUCGCCGUACCGCGGGACUGGAACGAGCAGGAAUACCUUGUCUUCUACAAGAGCUGUCUGGCUGGCGGAAACGCUAAGUUUUGGCUGGGACUCAGUAGACCGAACGGGACGUGGGUCGACGGCCAGGGUACCGCGCUUGGUGAAUUUGCAGCCUGGGCUCCAGGGGAGCCCGAUAAACCUGAAAAACUCUGUUCUCAUCUUGUGCAUGAAACAAUCACCAAUAGUGCACGCAAAAAUAAGUGGGCUGACAUGGAUUGUAGUACGAGCAUGCGGUACAUCUGUGAAACAGAUGUAGACGAGUGUGCCACAGGAAAGGGUGGAUGUGCACAGAACUGCACUAAUACUAUCGGCAGCUUCUCAUGUUCCUGUUAUACUGGCUACAAAUUCAACAAUGACGGAGUUUCCUGUGACGACAUAGACGAGUGCACCUCAAACAACGGUGGAUGUUCCGUGAAUUGCAACAACACCAUCGGCAGUUUCGAGUGCUACUGCGGAGAUGGCUAUGUCCUGGAUGGAGAUGGGGUGUCAUGCAACGACAUUGACGAGUGUGCGAACGCUAAUGGAGGCUGUGAGCACGUCUGUACCAACACUGAGGGCAGCUUCCAGUGUUCCUGUCACCUCGGACAAACACUCAACGGAGAUGGCCUAAAUUGCGACGGUUGGGAUCUCCCGGAGAGUUGUCCAACGGUUGGUUACCUCAGUUUUCCCAACAACAAAACGUACGUGGCACAAUCCGAUGUCAACGAGCUGGUCAACUACACCACGGCCCAUGCGAGGUGUGCAACCGAGGGAAAAAUGAUCGCCGUACCGCGGGACUGGAACGAGCAGGAAUACCUUGUAUUCUACAAGAACUGUCUGGCUGGCGGGUAA